UUGCGGUGCAUACUCAUUUAACAGGGUGUUUAUGGCUAUCCCAUCGAAAUCCAAGCACUUUUCUUUAUGGCAUUAAGGUGCGCUUUGCAACUGCUUAAACACGAUGAGGAAGGGAAAAAGUUUGUGGAGCGAAUUGUGAAACGCUUGCACGCCUUCCUUCACAUGCGGAGUUAUUUUUGGCUCGAUUUCCAGCAGCUAAAUGACAUAUACCGUUACAAAACCGAAGAAUAUUCUCACACAGCAGUCAAUAAGUUUAAUGUUAUUCCUGAUUCGAUCCCAUUUUGGGUGUUCGACUUCAUGCCGAUCCGUGGUGGCUACUUCAUCGGAAACAUCAGUCCUGCAAGGAUGGACUUCCGAUGGUUUUGUCUGGGCAACUGUGUUGCAAUCCUAUCUUCCCUAGCAACCCCCGAGCAAUCAGUAGCUAUCAUGGAUCUUAUCGAAUCCCAAUGGGAAGAAUUAUUUGGAGAAAUGCCUUUGAAGAUAUGUUAUCCUGCGUUAGAGAGCCAUGAAUGGCGGAUCGUAACAGGUUGGGACCCCAAAAAUACUAGAUGGAGCUACCAUAAUGGAGGAUCUUGGCCAGUACUCUUGUGGCUGCUGACUGCCGCCUGCACCAAGACAGGCCGCCCACAGAUUGCCAUGCGAGCAAUCGAGCUUUCUGAGACCCGGCUCUUGAAAGACAAUUGGCCGGAAUACUAUGAUGGAAAGCUGGGGCGGUACAUAGGUAAACAGGCAAGGAAGGUUCAGACAUGGUCGAUCGCGGGGUAUCUGGUGGCCAAGAUGAUGCUGGAAGAUCCGUCCCAUCUGGGAAUGAUCUCAUUAGAAGAAGACAAGCAAAUGAGGCCCCUCAUCAAGAGAUCGAGCUCAUGGAAUUGUUGAGAGAGAGAGAGAGAGAGAGAGAGAGAGAGAGAGAGAUUGUUUUACACUUACUAUACAUUAUUUUGGCAGUUUUUUUUUUCCUUCCAUUUUGUAAGGUUGUUUGGAUGGCAAAGGAAAAAACAAAGAGAGAAUAGGAGAAUAUGAAAAAAAAAAAAAAAAAGAAAAGAAGGAACAGGGGCAUUGUAUAUGUACAAUACCAUGCAAGUUUGAAGAGGCUUCUUGCUGUUCAAAUAAAAAGAGAUACAUUUUUUACAUUGCUGUGGACCAGAUUUAAUUCAUUUUCCUUAACGAAAAAGUCGUGGAAAUAGAACAUGUAUGACAAUUGGGGCUUGAUC